AUGUACGAGAAAGCAGAGCCUGUCCGGUCGCCCCUCUCGGGACAAACCAGCGGGCUGCCGCCCCAACCCUCUCGUGUCCAUCAGACACGUAUCCGCCACGGCAACGACGCUUCCGACAAGCUGCGAGAAGACCAAAAAGUGUCUUCACACACGUACGAAGAAGCCGAGAAUGUGAAACACCAUGUAGCGUACACGUCUGCAGAACGCACGUAUCUGGAUGGAACAAGCGGAAACCGAGAUCUCUGUAGCUCCAACCGCUCCCACCGCAGCUGCCUGGCCGCCUGCAUCGCCGUGCUGCUGAGCCUCGUCGCCGUGGGACUCGCCCCUCUGACGUUUACCAACAAAGAGGAAAUAUAUCAACUGUCCACCACUGUUGACGCCUUGAAACGCAUCCAAUACAACAUGUCCACUACUGUUAGCACCUUGAAACGGCGCCAAGACGAUAUGGCCACCACUGUUGACGUCUUGAAACGGCACCAAGACGACAUGCGCCAAAUGUCCACUAGUCUUGAAGCCUUGAAACGUGACCUGGACAAGGAACGAAGCCGAACCGCCGCCUUGGAUCAGCACCUUCACGAUAUAAUAUCUUGUCCUAAAGGUUACACAAUGUGGCGUGAUGUCUGCUACAAGGCCUUCAACACGCGCAAGAACUUCAGCGAGGCGGCCGUGAGCUGCCGUGCAGACGGUGGCACCCUUGCCAUGCCCCGAGACGCCGAGACCAACGUCUUUCUGGUCUCCCUGUACAGGGCCGUGAGAGAGGACUCGAGCUUCUGGUUCGGCCUGCACGAUCAGCGACAAGAGGGGAGGUUUGAGUGGGUGGACGGUUCAGCGCUGGGGACGUACAAUUCCUGGGGUCCGUCACAACCAAACGACGAUGGGGGCGACGGAGAUUGCGUUCUUUACUCCCCACACGAGGAAGGCAUGUGGUUCGACGCGCCAUGUACAUAUUUGUAUGUCUCGUUCAUAUGCCAGGCUGCUCCAGGUAUACACACUUCCUAUAACCGUACCAUUUCCUGAAACCGUUCCAUCUAGUAAAUAUUACACAGCACACUUAGCACGCCAGGCUGCCGAUGGUUUUGUCACAAACCAUGUCAAA